AUGGUCUACAAGCACAAGCUGGUCAACGAGUUGGUGGACAACCUACUCGACAAGCUGGUCUACCAGCUGGUGGACGAGCUACUCAACAAGUUGCUCGACCAGCACAACAACCAUUAUUGGAUAUCCCACCACAUCAACGAGCACUUCUACCUCUUCUACACCCAUUAUUCCGACAACAACAAGUACUUCUACAAGGAUUAUUCCAACUACUACUCCUUCCACUGCUUCAUCAUCAACUAUUCCAACCACAUCUUCCUCGUCAACCUCUACGAAUUCAUCAAUCAUUUCGACCACAUUUUCCUCACCAACAUCUUCCUCGUCAACCUCUACGAAUUCAUCAAUCAUUUCGACCACAUUUUCCUCACCAACAUCUUCCUCGCCAACAUCUUCCUCACCAACAUCUUCCUUACCAACAUCUUCCUCACCAACAUCUUCCUUACCAACAUCUUCCUUACCAACAUCUUCCUUACCAACAUCUUCCUUGCCAACAUCUUCCUCAUCAUCCAUAAUUAUUAUUUCUACCACACCAACCUCUACCUCAACAUCAAUCAUUCCCACUACAUCUUCCUCGCUACCUGCAUCAACCUCUACUUUAAUAUCAACCAUCCCAGCCACAUCUUCCUCGUCAUCUGCUUCAACCUCUAUCUCUACUUCAACGUCAACCAUCCCAACCACAUCUUCCUCGUCAUCCACAUCAGCCCCUAUUUCUACAUCGACUGUUUCAUCCACCUCAACCCCUACUUCUACAUCGACUGUUUCACUCACAUCAACCUCUAUCUCUACUUCUACCACGACGACCACAUCCACAACCACAUUGACAUCAACCGUCCCAUCCACGUCUUCCUCGUCAUCCACAUCAAUCUAUACUUCUACAUCGACUGUUUCGCCCACAUCAACCUAUACUUCUACUUCUACUUCUACCACAACGACCACAUCCACAACCGUAUUGACAUCAACUCCCACGCCCAGUCCAACUAG